AUGCAUUUUCUGCAGAUAACAGUGGUUCCAUGGCGGCGAUUCGUGCCGCUUGUAAAGGCUCUAACUAUGUUGUUCAUGUUUGAUAUUACCUGUCAGUUAAUUGGUAUCAAGAAGCAAGAAAACAUAAUCAGAUGGGUAAUCUAUGAAAUCAGUAGCUACAAAUUCAGCCAACUGACCCUGUCUAACUUCGUUCGUUGGUUUUGGUUGAAAUUCUUCGGGAGGAGUCCAUGAGUUGAUCUUCUGAAAAUUAAACGCCAGCAAAAGCUUACGUUUUGGAUCAAUGUUUAUAGCGUUUUUCUGGCAAAUUACACAGAAUAGCAACAUACUUUAAUGUCGAUACCAACUUAUGCAAUGUACUUCAUUAUUUGUUUCACAAAAUGACACGUUCCGCCC